AAACGAUUUUCAGUAAACAUAAAAUUACGAAAGAAUCUCUAUUUUUAUAAUUGUUAAAAAAAUCUAAUUCAUUCAAGUAUCAGAUGGAUUGAAAUAUAAAAAAUAUUUUGUAACUUUUUGAGAUUUAAACCAGAAGGAUUCACAACCUGAGGAAUGUUUUGUAGGAUAACAGUAUAAUAAAAUGAAAAGACUGAUAAUAGAAAUUAUAUUUACUCUAAUUUUAUUUCCUCAAUCUGUAUGAUUCUUAUAUUCAUGAAAGUUUAACUUAGUGAGUUUGAAUGAAACUGAAUUAGCAUAACUGGUCGCUGAUUCGCCAGUAGAACGCAGGCUAUAGCCUUCACAAAAGUUUACUUCAGUCAGGUAAUUGUUAUCUGAGUCAUUUAUGUUUAAAAUGUGAGUAUUGUAACUGAAAAAAAUUAUUGAUGAAAAACUUUUCAAAAAUUUAUAAAUCUAAUUAUUUAUUAUCAACUAAAAAAUUCAAUAACAUACAAUGGCAUCUUUUUGUCGUAUAUUAGGUGAGAUAUUUCUAUUCCAUCAAUUGUAAUUUACAGCUUUAAUAAUGAAAUAUUUAUUUAAUACAUUUGAUAAAUAUUUCUAAUAUUAUUAUUGAUAAUCAAUUAUCACAUGCACUAUGUCUCAAGCGAAAUAAUUUGUAACUUAAGAAUUUUCUAUUGUUGUUCAUGAUUGUUGUAGAUUUUCAUUUAUUGUUAUUAAAUUAAAUGCCAUAGAAGUGAACAAAAAAAAUUAUUCCAUUAUACAAUAAUAUUUGUUGGUUUUUUGUAUAAAUUGUUAGUAAACGACAGAAUGUUGAACAUUUUUUGCAUAAAUAGCAAAAAUUAACAUGGCUUUUAUUUCCUCUUAAUUAUGUGCUAUUUUAAAAAAUGUAGGUAACAAGGUGAUCAAUAGUCGCAUUAAGUUUUUCGAUAACGAUAACCAGGUAUAAAUAAACAUCAUAAGCAUUAUCACUAUUUUCACCUUCAAAACGUGUGCUACUUAAUUAUUUACAGUAUGGUCGAAUAUCAUAAUUAUAAAAUGUCUUAAAAAAGUUCAAUAUUUAAUAAUCUGAGAUGUUGAAUAAAAAAUGAUAAAUAUGAAUAGCAAUAAUUUUAUUACAGAAAACAUAUCAUGCCGACAAAUAUUAAACAUCAUGGUUCCCUUAGGAUUCAUGGUUGAAAAUAUAUUAAAAGUUAAUUUAUCAAUGGCUAUAGUUGUAAUGGUUAUUCCACGCAAUUUAUCUCUGAAUUCAUCAUUAUCUCACCCAGAUCAUUGGAAACCUCCAACUUUUGUAAAUACUUCACAAUCAAAUAUUUUCCGAUUUAAUAUAGAUGUUUAUAAUUCUCAAUUUACAAAUUCAAAUUUAACAACAGAUCAAUCAUUAUUACAAAAUAAAUAUAAUUGGAAUGAGUAUGAAGUAAACUUUGUUCUUGGAGCUUUUUUUUGGGGAUAUAUUUGUACAGAGAUGUUGGGAGGCCGAUUGACUGAAAUCAUUGGAGCAAAAAGAGUCUUUGGAUAUUCGAUACUUAUUGCUAGCAUUAUUACAUUCUUUACGCCUCUUGCAGCAACAUUUGGAUACAAAGCUAUAGCUGGUUUGAGAGUUAUUUUGGGUGUUAUUUUGGGUCCUAUAUGGCCAUCUAUUCUUCCUUUGGCUGCACAUUGGAUUCCACCAACAGAACGAAGUAGGUUUAUGUCUCAUUUGAUAGCGUAUACUCUAGGAACUGCAGCCGUAAUGCCAGUUUGCGGAUUUAUAAUAGGUAUUGCUGGUUGGGAAUCAGUCUUUUAUUUUACUGGAAUAAUCAGUUGUAUUUGGAGUAUUAUUUGGUUUAUAGUUAUUUACGAUUCACCAGCACAACAUCCUAGAAUAUCGAUUGAAGAGAGAAGAAAAAUUGAAGAAGCUAUUGGAUCAGUUCUUUCCAAAAAAAUAUAUGCUGUUCCAUGGAAAUCAAUUCUCUCAUCAGCUCCAGUUUGGUCAAUAAUUAUUGCCAAUUUUGGCAGUAUCUUUGGGUUCUGUACAAUCACAAUACAGUUACCGAUAUACUUAAAGCAUAUUUUGAAGUAUGAAAUUGAAGAAAAUGGUGUUUUGUCAGCUCUGCCUUAUGUAGGUAAAUACAUAAUGGGCUUCAUAACUGCUACAAUUGCUGAUUCUCUUCAUCGUGAAAAUAAACUUUCGGUUACUGCAAUUCGAAAAAUAUUUAAUAGCAUAGGUCUUUUUAUGCCAGGAUUAGGUUUUAUUUUCUUAACUCAGUUUGGUUAUGACCGAGUUAUAUUCAUUACUAUGAUAUUCUUAGUAAUGACAACUAAUGGAGCGAUAUCAGCUGGAUAUAUUGGAAAUACUCUAGAUUUUGCUCCAAAUUUUUCUGGUACCAUCACUGGUAUCGCUUAUACAUUUAGCUCUCUUGGCUGUUACUUCAGCAGCUUGAUGAUUGGUUCUCUGACCAAUAAUAAUCAAACCUUCAGUCAAUGGAGCAUCGUAUUUUGGAUAGUCAGUGGAUUUUACAUGUUUGGAGGUUUCAUAUUUCUCAUUUUUAGUACUGGUGAUUUACAAAAGUGGAAUAUUCCUGAUAAUAAAGAUGUACAAAUUGAUACUGAACUUGAUGAAAAAGAAGAUGAUGAAAGAACUACACUUCUCGUAACGAUAUUAAAUUCAUUUUCAAAUCAGAUAUCAUGCCGCCUUGUUUUAAAUAUAAUGGUGGUUUUGGGAUUUAUGUUGAACUACAUGUUAAGAGUAAACUUAACUAUUGCAAUAGUUUCAAUGGUCAUCCCACGUAAUUCUUCAUCAUCUAAUUUAUCUUAUACAAGCCACGAGUGUUCUGAGCCUUCAACUUUUGUAAAUACUACACAAAUAAGAGAUGACCAAUUUACUGCAAAUUCUAUCAAGAGCCACUUAAAUCAUUCAAAGUUAUCAGAGGAAUGUUCACAAACAAGAUAUAACUGGGAUGAAUAUGAAGUCAAUUAUGUUCUUGGAGCUUUUUUCUGGGGAUACAUUUGCACUGAAAUACCAGGAGGUCGGUUAGCUGAAGUAAUUGGUUCAAAGAAAGUGUUUGGAUACUCUACAAUUAUAUCAAGUGUUAUUACUCUCUUGACCCCUGUGGCAGCUUCUUUUGGAUAUCAAGUAGUAGCUAUACUUCGAGUAAUUUUAGGUUUUAUGUUGGGUGCGACAUUUCCAGCACUUUAUCCAUUAGCAUCUGUCUGGAUUCCACCUACAGAUCGUAGCAAAUUUAUAUCUCAUACGAUGGCUUCUGCUUUGGGAGCUGCUGUUAUGAUGCAAAUUGGAGGUUUGCUCAUUGCAACGUUUGGCUGGGAAUCAGUUUUUUAUUUUACCGGAGGACUUGGAACUAUUUGGAGCAUUAUCUGGUUUUUAGUGGUUUAUGAUUCUCCAGCUGAACAUCCUAGGAUAUCAGCUGAAGAAAGGAGGUAUAUUGAAGAAGCCAUUGGAUUCACUGCAUCAAAAAAAGUUGUCUAUGCUGUUCCCUGGAAAUCUAUGCUAACAUCAAUGCCUGUUUGGGCAAUAAUAAUUACAGGAGCUUGUAAUGCAUUUGGAUUUUUCACCAUUUUUACUCAAUUACCGACCUAUAUGAAAUUUAUUUUAAACUAUAAAAUUGAAGAAAAUGGUCUCUUAUCUUCAUUGCCAUACAUUGGUAAAUACUUUUUUGGUGUUUUGGCAGCUGCUAUUGCUGAUUAUCUGCAUCGUGAAAAUAAACUUUCUGUUACUGCAAUUCGUAAAAUAUUCAAUAGUUUAUGUGGCUUAGCACCAGGAGCAUGUAUGAUUCUUUUGACCCAAUUUGGUUAUGACCCUACCGCAUCAGUUGUUAUUUUUACAAUAGCAUUAACACUUAAUGGUGCAGUCACAGCUGGAUACCUUGGCAAUGGUCUAGAUAUUGCACCUAAUUUUUCAGGAACGAUUUUUGGUCUGGCUAAUACUCUCAGUUCAAUUGCUGGAUAUUUAAGUAGUCUCAUGGUAGGUUCACUAACGUAUAAUAACCAAACAUAUGGACAAUGGCAAGUCAUCUUUUGGAUUCUGGCUACAAUUUAUAUUAUUGGGGCCAGCAUGUAUAUUGUUUUUGGCACUGGAGAAUUGCAAAAAUGGAAUACUCCUAAUGAAAUAGUUUCAAUGAAAAAAAUAGAGCAAACUGAUAUAGAAUAUGAAGAAGAAGCUAAAGUUUUAAAUUAAAAGUGAUUGGUCUAAUACGUCUUCUCUGUCAUGUGUGAUUUGAUAUUAUGAUUUAUUUUUGAAAAAGAAAUAAAAUAUCAUUUUGAACAUU